AGUCGUUACUCUGGUGUUCCCGCCCCCAGUAGCACACAGCUAGGGUUUUCCUCGUUAGAACGCUGGAGAAAACAACAACUUUGGUCGCCGCUUGCUCUCAGUCUCAGGCAAUUCUGUGGAUUCUGGCAAUUGGAUUGAAAGAUGGCGACUUUUUCCAAACCAGAGAAUGCAUUGAAGCGAGCUGAAGAGUUGAUGAAUGUUGGGCAGAAGCAAGAUGCUUUGCAAGCCCUGCAUGAUCUGAUUACAUCUAAGAGACAUAGGGCUUGGCAAAAGCCCUAUGAAAAAAUUAUGUUGAAAUAUAUUGAGCUUUGUGUUGAUAUGAGGAAGGGUCGGUAUGCCAAAGAUGGCUUAAUUCAAUAUCGUAUAGUAUGCCAGCAAGUGAAUGUUACUUCCUUGGAGGAGGUGAUCAAGUACUUUAUGCAACUCUCCACCGAAAAAGCUGAACAGGCCCGCAGUCAGGCUCAAGCCCUAGAAGAGGCUCUUGAUGUUGAUGACCUUGAAGCUGAUAAAAGGCCGGAAGAUCUGAUGCUGAGCUAUGUUAGUGGAGAGAAAGGAAAGGAUAGGUCUGAUCGUGAACUUGUUACCCCAUGGUUCAAGUUUCUUUGGGAGACCUAUAGAACAGUGCUUGAAAUAUUGCGGAACAAUUCAAAGUUAGAGGCUAUUUAUGCGAUGACAGCACAUCGGGCCUUUCAGUUUUGCAAGCAGUAUAAACGGACAACAGAGUUCCGGAGGUUAUGUGAGAUUAUUAGGAAUCAUUUAGUGAAUCUCAACAAAUAUAGAGAUCAAAGAGACAGACCUGACCUGUCAGCACCAGAGAGCUUGCAACUAUACCUUGAUACAAGAUUUGAGCAGCUAAAGAUUGCUACCGAACUCGAACUGUGGCAGGAAGCUUUUCGUUCCAUUGAAGACAUCCAUGGAUUGAUGUGGAUGGUUAAGAAAACUCCUAAGCCAUCCCUUAUGGUGAUAUACUAUGCCAAAUUAACUGAAAUAUUUUGGAUCUCAGGCAGCCAUCUCUAUCAUGCUUAUGCUUGGCUUAAGCUUUUUACACUUCAAAAAAGCUUCAAUAAGAACUUAAGCCAGAAAGAUCUGCAGAUGAUCGCAUCAUCUGUUGUUUUGGCUGCUUUGUCAGUGGCACCAUAUGAUCAGACAUGGGGUUUAUCACACCUGGAACUUGAAAAUGAGAAGGAGCGUAACAUUAGGAUGGUCAAUCUUAUAGGUUUUAAUCUUGAAGCAAAGCCAGAGAACAGAGAAGUGCUUUCAAGGUCAGCACUUCUCUCAGAACUGGUCUCUAAAGGUGUGCUAAGUUGUGCUACUCAAGAAGUUAAAGAUCUUUACCACCUUUUAGAGCAUGAAUUUCUACCACUAGACAUUACAUCAAAGGUGCAGCCUUUGUUAACAAAAAUCUCAAAACUUGGGGGUAAAUUAGCAUCUCCUUCAUCCAUACCUGAAAUUCAGCUUUCUCAAUAUGUUCCUGCUCUUGAGAAACUUGCUACAUUGAGGUUGCUUCAGCAGGUGUCUCAGGUAUACCAGACAAUGAAAAUUGAGAAUCUGUCUCAGAUGAUUCCCUUUUUUGACUUUUCAAUGGUGGAAAAGAUUUCUGUUGAUGCUGUGAAGCACAAUUUCAUAGCUAUGAAGGUUGAUCAUAUGAAGGGUGUUGUGUUAUUUGGUAAUAUGGGUCUUGAAUCUGAUGGACUGCGGGAUCACCUGACUGUUCUUGCUGAAUCUUUAAAUAAAGCAAGAGCCAUGAUAUAUCCUCCUGUAAAGACGGAUUUGAAACUAGGUGAACUCUUGCGAGGUUUAGGGGAGACUGUAGAUAAGGAACACAAGAGGCUUCUUGCUAGGAAAUCAAUCAUUGAGAAGAGGAAGGAAGAACAAGAACGACAACUGUUAGAACUGGAGCGUGAAGAGGAGUCAAAGAGGCUGAGAAUUCAGAAGAUAACUGAAGAAGCUGAACAAAAGAGACUUGCUGCUGAAUUUGAGCAGCGGAGAACAGCAAGGCGUCGUGAAGAAAUAGAGGCACUUGAGCUUGAAGAGCAACGAGCCUUAUUAGAGGAAAGAGAGAAGCAGCGUGCAAGAAAAGGAGGAAAAAAGAAGGCAAUUUUGGAUGGAGAGAAAUUGACAAAGCCAAUGUUGAUGGAAUGGGCCUUGAAUGAGCAAUUGAAGGAGAGGCAGGAAAUGGAGAAGAAACUACAAAAACUUGCUAAAACAUUGGAUUAUCUGGAAAGGGCUAAGAGAGAGGAGGCAGCUCCUUUGAUUGAGGCUGCAUUUCAACAACGUUUGGUGGAAGAGAAGGUGCUUCAUGAACGCGAGCAACAGCUAGAAGUUGAGUUGAGCAGACAGCAUCAUGAUGGUGACUUGAGAGAGAAGAACAGAUUGGCACGUAUGGUGGAUAGUAAGAAUAUAUUCCAGGAAAACGUGAUCAUUCGUCGGCAAUCAGAGUUUGAUAGACGGAGGGCUGAGAGAGAGGAGAGAAUUAACCAAAUCCUUGAGGCCAGGGAGCAGGAAAGGGAGGUUAAGAGAAAAAAAAUAUUCUUUGUGAGGUCUGAAGAGGAGAGACUGAGAAAGCUGCAUGAAGAGGAAGAAGCUCGUAAACGUGAAGAGGCUGAGAGACGAAGAAAAGAAGAAGCUGAACGUAAGGCAAAGUUGGAUGAGAUUGCUUUAAAACAGAGGCAAAGAGAACUAGAAUUGGAAGAGAAGGAAAGGCUGAGAAGAGAAUCUCUCCUUGGAAAAUCGUCUGAGGGCUUGUCCAGGCCUUCUGAAUCUCCAGCAAUAUCCCGUCCUUCAGAUCAAGGACCUGCUCCUGCAUCCAAAACUGAAAAAUAUGUGCCUAGGUUCCGGCAGCGGAGUGGGGAAGGCUCAGUUGCGGCCCUACCUCCAGAACCAGAUCGCUGGGCAGCCAGCAACAAGCCCCCAUCCUCAGAACCUGGUCGCUGGAUUCGGCCUGCACCACAAUCCGAUCGCUUUGGCAGUGGCAGCCGGGCUUCGCCUCAGGAUUCUGAUGACAGCAGGGUUCCAUCUCAGGAAUCUGAACGAUGGGGCAGUGGUGGCAGCAAGCCAGAACCAUGGCGGCCCUCAAGGGCGAGGACCACACCACGCGGUUGAUCAAACUGCUAAAACAUUUUAAAGGGGAUGGCUUUUGUUGGAAACUGAGAAUUAUGGUUUUGAUGAUAAAGCUCGAGGAUUUACAAGUGUUUUUCGUUAACCUGAUGAAUAAUUUUGUAUUGUUUUGACUGCUAUUUAAAGACCCACUGGAGUCUCCAUUAGUGACCUUGGGUUAUUUUAUUAUUUUAUUUUUUUGAAGUUUCUUUUUCGGUAUUUUGUGCAUGGCACGCCUGAGAAUGUGCCUGCUUCAGUCCUGUGUAAAAAUACCUCUAACCUGCUAGAGUUGAGU